GCGUAGCGGAAGUUGGGCCCAUGACGCAAAUACGAGGCGCCGUGAGUGCUGGCUACGUAGCGGUAGGGGAAGUAGGCUCCGCGGAGGCUGGGCUCGGCUGCCGGGCGAAGGUGGCAGUAGUCCUGAGCCCAGGGCCUUCAGGAAGAUGUUACCAAGUACUUCGGUGAGUUCUUCACUGCAGGGGAAUGGAGUCUUGAAUUCCAGGGAUGCAGCGAGACACACAGCCGGAGCAAAACGCUACAAGUACCUCAGAAGGCUUUUCCGAUUUCGGCAGAUGGACUUUGAGUUUGCUGCAUGGCAGAUGCUCUACCUGUUCACUUCCCCACAGAGGGUUUAUAGGAACUUUCAUUACCGGAAGCAAACAAAGGACCAGUGGGCCAGAGAUGACCCUGCUUUCUUGGUCCUCUUAAGUGUCUGGCUCUGUGUGUCCACCAUAGGAUUUGGCUUUGUGCUGGACAUGGGAUUUUUUGAGACAAUAAAGCUGCUCCUGUGGGUUGUAUUCAUAGAUUGUGUAGGUGUUGGCCUUCUGAUAUCAACAUUAAUGUGGUUCAUCUCCAACAAGUAUCUAGUGAAACGCCAGAGCAGAGACUAUGAUGUGGAGUGGGGAUACGCUUUUGAUGUGCAUCUGAAUGCGUUUUAUCCACUCCUAGUCAUUUUGCAUUUUAUCCAGCUGUUUUUCAUCAACCAUGUUAUCCUCACAGACACAUUUAUUGGAUAUUUAGUUGGAAAUACCUUAUGGUUGAUUGCUGUUGGCUAUUAUAUCUAUGUAACCUUCUUGGGAUACAGUGCACUGCCAUUUUUGAAAAAUACAGUAAUCCUGCUCUAUCCAUUUGCACCUCUCGUUGUGCUGUAUGGACUGUCGCUGGCCCUGGGAUGGAACUUUACCCACAUGCUGUGUUCCUUCUACAAGUACAGGGUGAAGUGAAAAGUGACACCAGCAUUGUAGCUGAACUGUCUGGUAUUGGGGAAGGGAUAUGCUCUUGUAAAGUCUGUAAAUUAUCUUUGUAGAUAUCUUAAAGAUGUAAAGUUUACAAAUUUGAGCUGAUACUAACACUAUUGUCUAGACCAUUCCUUAAAACCAAUCAAAUGUACAUUUAUAAUAGAUAUUUUUAAAUUAAAGCAUGUAAUUGUUUAGUUAUUUAACCCAAAGCUAUAUAUAAACUAUCAAGGGCACAGUAAUGGGCUUGUUGUUGGCAAGAUGUACAGACUUAUUCAGCCUGCAGUGUGGCUCACACAGGAGCCCCUGUCACUGAAAUACAAAACAGUCCCGCAGGGACUACUUUCAUUUAAGAACUGCCUGUAUGUAUAUAUGGCAGCCACUCUCUCACCAGGAUGUCAUGUUUCCCUUUUAAAGAUUCAAGAGGAACCAGCAACUAGUUAAAAAACAGAUGAAGUAAGCACCAUAGUAAUAGCACUAAAAAAAUUCAUUCAUUCUGUUAAAGACAUUUUUAUUAGAGGGAAUCUUGGUUCAAACUUCUUUAUUUCAAAUACACAUGGACAGUUAUAGCAGAGACAGUUAUGAAAGGCACAGUCAACAGGACAUUAUUAGGUUUCAAUUAUAGCAGCAAACUUGAAAAUAAAUAAUCUGCCUUUAAAAAUCCAACAGGUACCUCAAAUAUUACUGCAGCUAUUAACUGUUCAACCCAUGAAGACACUGUGAGCAAAGUAUGCACAAUACAUUUGAGGAGGAGAGGAGAAAAGCCUGGUAUAACCUAGCAAAGAUUCCCUGGGCUGCUCCAAGAACCAUCCCCCAGGGCAAAGACAGCCUUUCUGGAGGAAGUGCUCCCACUGAGUGACUUUUCUCACUCCAGGGGGAAACAUGACUGUGAGGCUUAGUGGACUCUACACUGAGAAGAAUCUGUUGGCAGCACUCUGGACAGUGCUGUCCCAGCAGCCCCUUUAUAUGGCUCAGGCACCGUGUUUCCAGGAAGUUUUACACCAAGUGCUAUUGACUAGUCCAGCUGUACUAGGAACAGCUGUAGGAAGCAGCCUCCCUAGCAUCCACAAGAGUUUAGUUGUCCCCAUGAUGAACCAGCCUGUUGAGAGCAGCUGGAGCCCCAGUGUGCAUACUCUACCAUGCUCACCCUGCAAGUGGCUCCCUACACACGCUUCCUCCUCCCUCUAACUCGGAUUACUGACACUACACAGAGUCACGUGCUGCCUGGAGUGUGCUCUUGCUGCCUGCUUGUUCACACAGGAGCCUUUUUAGGUAGUGUAAAAACUGGGGAAGGGAGCAUUUCAGAAACAAGGCUUCAUUUAGCUAGUGAUGGUACAGGGGCACGGGUAACAAAAUCCUUGGUUUGCUUUUUUUUGUCUUUGUAAAAGACUGGUCAUCUUUUUAGCAUUGUAUGUUCACAUGCAUUAAAUUGAGCAUAUUUAGCAUAGCA